AUGCCUGUCACAAUCCGCCCAGUUGAGGAAUCAGAUCAUGAUGAAUGGUUCAGAUUAUGGAGAUUAUACCAAGUUUUUUAUAAAGUGUCAUUGUCCGAUGAAAUAGGUGAAGCAACUUUUAAGAGAAUCUUAGAUCCUUCAGUAAAGAUGUGGGCCGCGUUAGCUAUCAAUAUUGACACAGAUAAGCCUAUUGGACUAGUUAAUUACUUUAGUCAUAUUCAAACCUGGAAUACAAAGGACAAGAUAUUGCUCAAUGACUUAUAUGUUGAUGAAAAUGCCAGAGUUAAAGGGGUUGGUAGACAAUUGAUUGAAUACGUUUACAGAGAAGCUGAUAAAUUGGGUACACCUGAGGUUUACUGGAACACAGAUAUGGAUAAUCAUAGAGCACAAUUAUUAUAUACUAAAGUUGGUGUCAAGACCGGUAAAGUCUCUUACAAAAGACCUUUAUAG